AGGUGUUGACUUGAAAAAUAGACUUAUUAUCUUCCGUUCCCCUUUUGGUCACUGGAUUCGAAGCAACAUUUUCGUGGGUUGAGGCUUGGGAGGAAAAGCAAGAGAACCUCGGGUAGAAUCGAUCAAUACAAAUGCCGAAGCGGACGACGCACACGUACUCGAGCGAGGACGCCGCACCGGACGGCCCUGACUCCGAUCUAUUCGUCUACUACUGCAAGCACUGCAGCUCUCACAUUCUCAUCACCGAUACGCAAUUACAGAAAAUGCCUAAGAGAAAAACUGACAAAGCAUAUGUAUUGGACAAGAAGAAGCAUCUUGCAAGGCUGAAUACUAGUGAAGGUGGAAAAGUUCUCUUGAAGCGUGGUGAAGGAAAAAUCGAGAAGCAGUAUCGAAUGAAUUGUUUGGGUUGUGAGUUGUUUGUUUGCUAUCGUGCAGAAGAAGAUCUAGAAUCUGCCUCUUUCAUAUAUGUUGUUGAUGGUGCGCUUAGUACAAUUGCUGCUGAAACCAAUCCACAGGAUGCUCCAGUACCACCCUGCAUAUCACAAUUAGCAGGCGGCCUUGUUCAAGUGGCAAUAGAAGUGGAAGACCGUUCACAGCGAUCUGCAAUUACAAGAGUAAAUGCUGAUGAUGUUCGGGUCACUGUAGCGGCACCUGCAGCCAGAGGAGAAGCUAACAAUGAGCUUUUAGAAUUCAUGGGAAAAGUGUUGGGCCUUAAAUUAAGCCAGAUGACUCUUCAAAGGGGAUGGAAUAAUAAAUCAAAGCUCCUCGUGGUCGAAGAUUUGACUGCCAGACAGAUAUAUGAGAAACUUCUGGAAGCUGCACAACCUUGAGACAGCACGGAUGUUCAUUUCUAUUUUGUAUUCCUUCAUUUAAUCCAAUUGGAAUUGGGAAUAAUGCUUAGAGCAUUGUAAUUUUGUCAGCACAUUGUUCUGCAGUCUACUGUUGUGCUCGAACAAAUUUAUUCCCAACAGAGGAUUGCUGAAGACAAGAAUUUUAUCUUUAAAAUGCCACAUUGUAAGAUAUUGCAUUAUAAAUUGUUUUCUUUGUUACCA